UAGUAAUCAUUCUAACAAGAUACCUACAAUACAAGACAUUGGAUAGUAUAAAGGUGACUAAUGAUUAUCAAGUUGAAUUCCCAUCUGUGACUGUAUGUCCAUUGAGCCCUGUCCCAGUAUCAAUCUUAGAGCAAUGGUCGUUGGACUAUAAUACCCCUGGCUCUGAACUUUCAAAAAUUGAUGAUCACUUUGCUCUGUUGUUCAAACUGAAUACUUAUUCAGUAGGAGAAACAAUAAUGGAUGAGGAAAUGCGGAGGCUGGCAACAAAGUAUAAUCAGCUUGACUCAUAUCGUGGAUAUCUAGAAAAUAUACCAUAUCUCUGGAACUAUGGACAUGAACAGAACAAUUUUAUACCAGGGUGUGUGUAUAAACAGAAACCUUGCAUAAAUGGUAGUUUUGAGAAAAUUCUUCUUCAUUCCUACCAAAACUGUUAUACAUACAAUGGAGCUUCAUUAAAUGAAAUGCAUGUUACUACUCAAGGAGUGGAAGGAGGACUAUCUUUGAUCAUUUUCCUUGAUAUGGGUUCAGAAUUCCGAGCAUUGUACAACCCUUAUAAUGCAAACACAGCGUCAUCAGGAGCUAGAGUGAUAAUUCAUAAGAAGGGCACACUACCAGACCCUGAAAAUGAGGGAUUUAACAUUGAACCUGGUCGUACAAUAAAUGUUGCACUAUCAGUGAAUCGCCGUGAGCUGAUGAAACAGCCUUGGGGACAAUGCGAGGAUCAAUUCUCUCUAGGCAUUGGUGAAUUUAAAUACAGCAAGAAUGCAUGUAGGCAAAAAUGCAGGACAGACCUUAUCCGCAAAGCUUGUGAUUGUGUAUAUGAGACAUUGCCAAUGUUAAAUGUGACACUACCAAAUGAUGACGUACUAUGUGGUAAGAUUCAUUCUGAUGAAUGGUUGAAGAUAAAUCCUAAUAUAACUCUUCUAAGAAAUGAUCUCGAUAGGCUUGAAUGUUUGGAUAAGUAUUUGAACUAUACAUGGGGAGAAAUCUCAGAGGAGCAAGGGUGUAAGUGCAGAAAAAAUUGCACCACUCACUCAUACAAUAUUGAAACAUCACAAGCAGUUUGGCCAAUAAAGGGAUCUGAAAGUGGAUUUUACUGCCGUCAAAUUAUGAUGUUAACCCCCAAUUACAUCAACACGUCAAUUUACAGAAGAUUUCAUGAGAGAGCAUCGGAUAGUUGUUUUAAUGAAAGUCAAGGAAAAGAUAUGGGGGAUGAACUUAGAGAAAACUUUAUCAGACUGAAUGUUUAUUUCAAAGAUCUUGAUACUAGAGUUACAAUUCAAGAUCAAGAUUUUUCAUUUUGGUCAAUGCUGUGUGAGGUUGGUGGCAUCCUCGGAUUUUUCAUUGGCGUCUCAAUAAUAUCCAUUGCCGAGUUCACACUCUUUUUUCUCAAUAUUCUAAAUUAUGUCACUUUCAAAAGAUCAAAAAUAAAUAAUCAUGUACAUUCUGAAAACGAUGAAGAUCACAAGACAAAUAAACAUUCAAUAGGAGUAACCAUUUAUCAAGGGCACAAAUAAUUAUAUGCAUAUGACAGAGCCACAAGUUUGGACUUAGAAGAUCAUGCACGGGUUGCAACACAUGACAAUGUAAAUGCAACUCCUCCGUACAAAACAAAUGUGUUUGGUGAUGUAUUUAUAUUUUAUAACAUAAUGUGUAUAUACAUUUUCUUUCACUAUAAGUUAAUUUGGUAUGACUUUACACAUAUAUGAGGUGGCCAAUUGUUAUGACCUCCUUCUCAAAAUAGAACAUUUGUUAUGGUUUAUUAAGUUCAGCAAAAUAGUGUUACAGGCCAUUAAUGUUUUUUUGUUAUACAUGAAAGUUACAGUGUUGCUUUAAAGGCCGACCUUUCCAUAAAAUUCAAUAUUUGUGCAUAUACUAAAUUGUAUGAUAGCCAUAUUGAAAUAUUUGUUAAGCAAUGCAUGUUGCUGUAUAGCUGUAUAAUCAUUAUAUGUAAUUGUCUUACAAUUGAUUUUGUGAGGAAACCAAAUGUUUGGAUUGAAACACAAUAAAAUCUUGAGUAUUGAAUCUAUUUUAUUUUUACAUUUUCAUUCAAAUAAAAAGAUUAUUGUUUUAUUUCAUU